AUGGUCAUCUUCAAAGUCACUCCGUUGCUUCUGGCUGCAGUCACAAGCUUCUUGUCCCUUGGAGCUUUUGCUGCGACAAACUCUACUUCAUCUGUCACCAUCAACAGUGUCACAUACAAGAGUGUUGAGCAUAUCGAUAGAGAUGUGGUUGUAAUUGGUGGAGGAUCCUCCGGAACUUAUGCUGCAAUUAGUCUACUAGACGCAGGCAAGACUGUGGCAGUAAUUGACAAUCAAGAUCGUAUGGGAGGCCACACAAAUACCUAUACCGAUCCUAAAACUGGUCUUACUGGAGACUAUGGAGUUAGUGUCUUCCACAACAUAGAAAUUGUCAAGACCUAUGCCGCACGUCUCAACGUCACCUUGAAAGUGUCUGGCACAUCAACUCUAUCUACCGUCUAUGCAGACUUCCGAACUGGUCUUGAGAACACCACCUACUCAACCGCGAGCUUCACUACUGGUCUUGCACUCUACAUGGCACAAUUGCAGAAAUAUCCUUAUGUCGAGACUGGCUUUGACUUGCCAAACCCAGUACCUGAAGAUCUCCUUCUCACCUUUGGAGAUUUUGCAAUCAAAUACAACCUCGGCAAUGACUUUCUCGGAUUUUUAUUCAGUUUUGCUGAAGGUCUUGGAGAUCUGUUGUCAAAGCCCACUUUCACGCCCAAGUAA